AUGUCUUUGAAACUUCCUCAAAAUCCAAAUGCAGGGCUAUUCAAGCAAGGGUACAAUUCGUAUUCCAAUGCUGAUGGCCAAAUCAACAAAUCUAUUGCUGCUAUUAGAGAAAUCCAUCAAAUGUGCUUAACUUCGAUGGGUCCAUGUGGUAGAAACAAGAUUAUCAUCAAUCAUUUGGGAAAGCACAUUGUGACGAACGAUGCGGCAACAAUGUUGAGAGAAUUAGAAAUUGUUCAUCCAGCAGUGAAGGUUUUGGUGAUGGCUUCUGAACAACAAAAGAUCGAUAUGGGCGAUGGUACGAAUCUUGUGAUGGUUCUAGCUGGUGAGCUAUUGAAUGUGAGUGAGAAACUGAUUGCAUUGGGUCUUUCUCCAGUAGAGAUCAUCCAGGGUUACACUAUGGCGAAGAAUUUCACUUUGCAAGAAUUGGACAAGAUGUCUGUGAUGAAUAUAGAAGACAAACACGAAAAGAGCGAGCUAAUCAAGAUUGUAAAGCCAGUAAUUGCAUCCAAACAGUAUGGCUCUGAGGACAUUCUAAGUUCUUUGGUUGCUGAUGCGGUAUCGCAUGUCUUGGCACCAAACUCGAAUUAUUUCAACGUUGAUUCUGUUAGAGUUGUGAAGAUUAUGGGUGGCUCGUUGUCGAAUUCUUCAGUUAUCAAAGGUCUUGUGUUCAACCGUGAACCAGAAGGACAUUUGAAGUCUCUUCCAGAAGGCCAAAAGCACAAGGUGGCUGUGUUCACAUGUCCGAUUGACAUCUCCAAUACCGAAACUAAGGGUACCGUGCUACUUCACAAUGCGCAAGAAAUGCUAGACUUCACAAAGGGUGAAGAGCAGCAACUAGACCAAAUGAUGAAGGAAAUUGCUGACGCUGGUGUUACUUGUGUCGUUGCUGGUGCAGGUGUUGGCGAACUAGCCUUGCAUUAUUUAAACAGAUACAACAUAUUGGUCUUGAAGGUCCCAAGUAAAUUUGAACUAAGAAGAAUCUGCCGUGUUUGUGGUGCCACUCCUAUGCCUAGACUAGGUGCCCCAACUCCCGAAGAGGUCGGUGUUGUUGAAACAGUCAAGACCAUUGAAAUUGGUGGUGACAGGGUGACUGUGUUCAAACAAGAAGCUAAUGAGACCACAAGAACCGCUACCAUCAUCUUAAGAGGUGCUACUCAAAACAACUUGGACGAUAUCGAGCGUGCCAUCGACGAUGGUGUUGCUGCCAUUAAGGGCUUGAUGAAGCCAGACGGUGGGAAGCUAGUUCCGGGUGCCGGUGCUACCGAGAUCGACUUGGUUUCGAGGAUCAGCAAAUACGGUGAAAAAACUCCAGGGCUAAUGCAAUUGGCCAUCAAGCAAUUUGCUGUGGCGUUUGAAGUCGUCCCAAGAACCUUGGCAGAAACAGCCGGUUUAAACGUUAACGAAGUUCUACCAAACUUAUACGCUGCCCACGCUCAGACAAGCGCCGAAGACGGUGAGGCUGACACCGAUGACUCCUACACCAACGACGGCUUUUACAAGGGUGUAGACAUAGACAGCAACACUCCUGAGUGUAUCAAAGACGUAAGAGAAGAAGGCAUAUACGAUUUGCUUGCAGCCAAGAAGUUCGCGAUCAACGUAGCCACGGACGCUGCAAACACCGUGCUCUCUGUCGAUCAAAUAAUCAUGGCCAAGAGAGCUGGUGGUCCAGCCGUCCCCAAGGGCCCUAAACCGGGCAACUGGGACCAAGACGAUUGA